CACUCUUGACUUUAUUUCUUGACUCAUGCUCCUCCCCAGCCACGGAAAAGGCUUCAAAUAUGCGUACUUUGAUCUUACAACAAAAACAAGAAGGAAAACUAUCAGGUUGGAAAACACCUCUUAGUAGAGGUCAACCUCUUCAUCUGCCUCCCUCAGACGCAGGACAUUUUUGGAAAAAAGGAAUGAGGAAAAAAGAGUAAACUCAGAUUACAAGAAGAACUGACCCUCCAAUACGUCUUUAAUAGCAGAGACAGAACAAACGAGGCUGGGAAGCUAUUAGUGCCAAGAUAAAAUUGUGUGUGCCCCAAAUCCUAGGAAGUGCACGGCUGUCUGUAACGUGCUGCCGGGUCCCAGGAUGGAGGAGUGAAGUCUCCGCGUUGCGGCGGGUUCCAGCCUGCGGAGCCCACCGGAAGCCGAGUCCCGGGAGAGCGCCCUGAGGGAGCAGGGUGGCCGCCUGGUCCAGGAAUGUUUACCCUUGCGGAAGUUGCUUCACUUAAUGACAUCCAGCCAACUUACCGGAUCCUGAAGCCAUGGUGGGACGUGUUUAUGGAUUACCUGGCUGUCAUUAUGCUGAUGGUAGCCAUCUUUGCAGGAACCAUGCAACUUACCAAAGAUCAGGUGGUCUGCUUGCCAGUAUUGCCAUCUCCUGUAAAUUCAAAGGCACACACACCACCAGGAAAUGCCGACGUUACCACCAACAUCCCGAAGAUGGAGGCAGCCACUGACCAAGAUCAACAUGGGCAGGCGACAAAUGACAUUUCCUUUGACACAUCUGCUGUGACACCCGACAUACCUCUCAGAGCCACAUAUCCUCACCCAGAUUCCACAGUUACAAAUCAGGAGGCAAAGAAAGAGAAGAAGGAUCCAACAGGCCGAAAAACAAACUUGGAUUUUCAGCAAUAUGUAUUUAUUAAUCAGAUGUGUUACCAUCUGGCCCUUCCGUGGUAUUCUAAGUACUUUCCAUACCUUGCUCUUAUACAUACUAUUAUUCUUAUGGUCAGUAGCAACUUUUGGUUCAAAUAUCCCAAAACAUGCUCAAAAGUAGAACAUUUCGUUUCAAUAUUAGGAAAGUGCUUCGAAUCUCCUUGGACUACGAAAGCGUUGUCUGAGACAGCGUGUGAAGACUCGGAGGAAAACAAGCAGAGAAUAACAGGUGCCCAGACUCUACCAAAGCACGUGUCUACCAGCAGUGAUGAAGGGAGCCCCAGUGCCAGUACCCCAAUGAUCAACAAAAGUGGCUUUAAAUUUUCAGCUGAGAAGCCCGUGGUUGAAGUCCCCAGCAUGACCAUCCUGGAUAAAAAGGACGGAGAACAGGCCAAAGCCCUGUUUGAGAAAGUGAGGAAGUUCCGUGCCCAUGUGGAAGACAGUGACUUAAUCUAUAAACUCUAUGUGGUCCAAACAGUUGUCAAAACUGCCAAGUUCAUUUUUAUCCUCUGCUAUACUGCAAACUUCGUCAACGCAAUCAGCUUUGAACAUGUCUGUAAGCCAAAAGUCGAGCACCUGACCGGUUAUGAAGUGUUUGAGUGCACCCACAACAUGGCUUAUAUGCUGAAAAAGCUUCUCAUCAGUUACAUAUCCAUUAUUUGCGUGUACGGUUUUAUCUGCCUCUACACUCUCUUCUGGUUGUUCAGGAUACCUUUGAAGGAAUAUUCUUUUGAAAAGGUCAGAGAAGAGAGCAGUUUCAGUGACAUUCCAGACGUCAAAAACGAUUUUGCGUUCCUUCUACACAUGGUAGACCAGUAUGACCAGCUAUAUUCCAAGCGUUUUGGUGUGUUUUUGUCAGAAGUCAGUGAAAAUAAACUUAGGGAAAUUAGUUUGAACCAUGAGUGGACAUUUGAAAAACUCAGGCAGCACGUGUCACGCAACACCCAGGACAAGCAGGAACUGCAUCUGUUCAUGCUCUCGGGUGUGCCCGAUGCUGUCUUUGACCUCACAGACCUGGAUGUGCUAAAACUUGAACUGAUUCCAGAAGCUAAAAUUCCUGCUAAGAUUUCUCAGAUGACUAAUCUCCAAGAGCUUCACCUCUGCCACUGCCCUGCAAAAGUUGAACAGACUGCUUUUAGCUUUCUCCGAGAUCACUUGAGAUGCCUUCACGUGAAGUUCACCGAUGUGGCUGAAAUUCCUGCCUGGGUCUAUUUGCUCAAAAACCUUCGAGAGCUGUACUUGAUAGGCAAUUUGAACUCUGAAAACAAUAAGAUGAUAGGACUUGAAUCUCUCCGAGAGUUGCGGCACCUUAAGAUUCUCCACGUGAAGAGCAAUUUGACCAAAGUCCCCUCCAACAUUACAGAUGUGGCUCCACAUCUGACAAAGUUAGUCAUUCAUAAUGACGGCACUAAACUCUUGGUACUGAACAGCCUUAAGAAAAUGAUGAAUGUCGCCGAGCUCGAGCUCCAGAACUGUGAGCUAGAGAGAAUUCCACAUGCAAUUUUCAGCCUCUCCAACUUACAGGAACUGGAUUUAAAAUCAAACAACAUACGCACAAUUGAAGAAAUCAUUAGUUUCCAGCAUUUAAAACGACUCACUUGUUUAAAAUUAUGGCAUAAUAAAAUCGUUACCAUUCCUCCCUCCAUUACCCACGUCAAAAACUUGGAGUCACUUUAUUUCUCCAACAACAAGCUCGAAUCCUUACCAGUGGCAGUGUUUAGUUUACAGAAACUCAGAUGCUUAGAUGUAAGCUACAACAACAUUUCAAUGAUUCCAAUAGAAAUAGGAUUGCUUCAGAACCUGCAGCAUUUGCAUAUCACUGGGAACAAAGUAGACAUUCUGCCAAAACAAUUGUUUAAAUGCGUUAAGUUGAGGACUUUGAAUCUGGGGCAAAACUGCAUCUCCUCCCUCCCAGACAAAAUUGGUCAGCUCUCCCAGCUUACCCAGCUGGAGCUGAAGGGCAACUGCUUGGACCGCCUGCCAGCCCAGCUGGGCCAGUGUCGCCUGCUCAAGAAAAGCGGUCUUGUUGUGGAAGAUCACCUUUUUGACACCCUGCCACUCGAAGUCAAAGAAGCAUUGAAUCAAGACAUAAAUGUUCCCUUUGCAAAUGGGAUUUAAACUGAGAUAAUCCGUGCACAUCCAUGUGCCAGAACAGCUUCCUAGAUUGCAAGAGCUCACGUACAAGUUAUUGCAAAAUAAUGCGUUUUAGGAGUAGACACAUCUUUAAAAAUAAAACACAGAGAGGAUGCAUAGAAGGCUGAUAGAAGACAUAACUGAAUGUUCAAUGUUUGUAGUGUUUUAAGUCAUUCAUUUCCAAAUCUUUUUUUUUCUUUUUGGGGAAAGGGAAGCAAAAAUUAUAAUCACUAAUCUUGGUUUCUUUUUAAAUUGUUUGUAACUUGGAUGCUGCCGCUACUGAAUGUUUACAAAUUGCUUGCCUGCUAAAGUAAAUGAUUAAAUUGACAUUUUCUUACUAUAUCACCUUUUUUGAGGUGUCUUGAUUUACUUUGCUUAAUUGGUGCAAUGUCACUUUAACCCAGACCACUAAAGACAGACACAUCAUCAGGUCUAAACUUGUAAAUUUAGAUUUGCUGAAAUAUUGAUUUUUUUCCUGUUUUAAUUUAAAGCACCUCAAAUAAGCACUUCUUAUAAUAUUUGACUGGUACUGCUCCUUUGAGAAUCCCAGUUUAUAGAUUUUACACUCUUAAAGGUCUAAAAUGCAGUAAAGGCGUAUAGUUUGUUGGGGUUUUUGUUUGUUUUUAAAGAAUAAAUAACGACAAAAAUAAUAGAAAAUAGCAUUCCUUUUAAUAACAGCUGUUUUUCCAUCAUCUGGAGUUAUGAUUAUAUGGUGCAUUUUUCUACUAAUAAUCUAGGGUUACCAAUAAAUAGAAAAUGUUUUUAAAAAAUAAACGUAUCUGAUUACAACCAACAUAAAUUUUUUAAUGGCUUAAUGAUUAACCACCUUCCACUAUCACCUUUUGAAAGAUAACACAAAAUCAAAGCAAGUAUUAUUUAAUUUCCUGCCCUGUUUUCACUGCUGGGGAGGGGGCAGGAAGGACUUGCAGUUCAUUGGAAAACUCCUAACUUUCCCUGUUCAUUUUCGUGACAGGCUGUAUUUCCUCUGUCUGCAGUAGGAGGGGUCACGUCCAGGGAAAUGCUGGCAGGAUGUCCAUUUUAGAUGAUAGUUUUCCUUCUUUAUCUAACUUACAGAGUGUCUAAUUCCAUCUCAGAAAAUUAGAACAUUUUCUGCCACCUGUUUAGAUAUUGGCUGGCAAGUAUUUCAUACGCCUUUCUAUGGGAUUGUUUUUCCAAGAGAAGCAACGUGUUUGGCACUCUGGAUGACAAAGUACAAUAGUAUCCUCUCUAUGCAAGGCUCGGUUCACUGAAUGAAACACUGGACAUUCUCUUGCCACACCUUAUUAUGGCUUGAAGGAUUUUUCAGAGAAUAUGAAAAGAUGAACUCACAUCCUUGCUUUUCUUCCUGAGAACUGAACUCUGGGGGUACUGGCCUGUUGCAAGUGGCAGUGAACCUUUGCCUGCUCUACAGCUUGUAAGUACUUGGAGGAUUAUCUCCAGUCAAAAAGCCUGCAGCCACUGUGGCUCAGUUAGGAGCUGACCCCAGCUCCAGCAUCCUGGCCACUCUCUCUCCUCCUAAAAGAUUUGAGGUCAAGGAAAGGAUUAGAAAAGCCCAUGUUUAGAAAAUCAGAAGGGCAAAUUGGGGUAUAAGCAAAUUCUCCGAUGUGUAUAUCUUCCAUUUCUAUCAGCAUUCAUUAAUAUAAUGACUGGCAGUGAUUGUGCACCUACUAUGUGCCUCUGCACUUCAAGCAACUGCGGAUUCCACUUGGCUAUGUGGCGCUCUAUAGCAAACUGGGGAGAUGAAAAAAAAAUGAUGUGUCACAACUGUAA